UAUGUUUAAUUUUGUGUGACUCGAAAAACUAAAAUCAUGCGCCGUCGUGGCGUAGGAGCUGGAGCCAUAACGAAGAAAAAGCUUGCGGAUGCAAAAUACAAGGAGCGUGGCAAUGAGCUCGCUGCACAACAGCUUCAGCAAUUAAGCAACCAGCUUGAAGCUUUCCAUAACAAUUUGGAAGAAUUUGCAGCGAAGCACAAAGAAGAAAUCCGAAAGAAUCCUACUUUCAGACAUCAGUUUCAACAAAUGUGUGCAGCAAUUGGGGUUGAUCCACUUGCUUCCAGUAAAGGCUUUUGGUCUGAAAUGCUUGGCGUUGGAGAUUUCUAUUAUGAAAUAGGUAUUCAAGCCAUAGAAGUGUGCAUCGCUACAAGACCGAAAAAUGGAGGCAUUAUGACUUUACAUGAAUUACAUCACAGACUUCUGAAGAGUAGAGGAAAGUAUGGCCAAGAUGUAACUCAAGAGGAUAUAGUCACUGCAAUUAAGAAAUUGAAGGCGUUUGGUAGUGGGUUCGCAAUUUUAGGACAUGGAACGAAAUGUAUGGUCCAGUCCGUCCCAGGUGAACUGAAUAUGGAUCACACUGCUGUGCUAGAAGCUGCCCAACAGAACCAUGGCAAAGUCAACUGUGCCCACAUUGAGAAAUCGUUAUCUUGGAAAGGUGAAAGAUCCCAGCAUAUUCUCGAGCAUCUUGUCAGAGAAGGAAUGGCCUGGGUGGAUGAUCAGUCACCUGAUAGACAACGAUGGUAUUGGUUUCCCUCACUCUUCAAUGAAGCAGAUUGAAUUGAAUGCAUUAUAUACUUCAUCACUGUGCAAUAUAUAUUAUCAACGUUUUUUGUAUCACUGAAUAUAUUUAUCGCAACUUG